AUGGCUUCGCAAGACUCUUCCACUCCGCUGGUGAAUCGGGGGGCGUCGUGGGAGUCGUUUACUGAUGGGUAUCGCAUUGAACCGGUUUCGCUGAACGUCCGUACGGUGGAGGAGAUCGUCGACUACGUCGUCAAGGCUCGCACCGAUGGCACCGAGUCGAUCGUUAGCUUUCACUGGCAACCAAGUAAAGUCGAGAAUCUUCUCACACAGCUGGGGGACAAGUCAAUAGGAAUCGAGGAUUUUGAAAUCCGGCGGGUGGAAUAUGACUACAAAUUUGAGACAGUUUAUCUCGACAUUACCAACGAUACGGAGCUCCUGAACAAGGUCCAAGCCGGCCUCCGCUACUUCCUCCAGAAUCGUCUCAAUGGGCUGGUUGCGGAUAUGGCUGAUCCUGCAAUGCACCACCUGGCCCGGCGCAUCAAGGCGCGAGGCACAUUUCUCAUGCGAUACGAAGAUAAGAUCUGCAAACAAGCCGAUCUUUCGUUCGGUUUGGCAGGCCAUCUCCCGUCGCUUGUUUGUGAGAUCUUCUGGAGCCAACCUCGACAAUAUAUAGAAAGGAAGGCGCACCAAUACAUCGAGAUGUCGGACGGGCAGAUCAGAGCUGUCCUCAUCCUUGAUCUUCAAUAUCCCGAUGCGGCCGAGGGAUGCGUCGGCCUCUUGGUAGCGGACGACUCAGGGUCUAGCGACUGGAUCCAACGCUCCCAAGUGUUCUACGAUGAAACCUUUACCGAACAGCCUAACGGUCGAGUUGACCUAUACAUCUCCGACUUCCGCGGUUGUGCGGGCUUGCCGGCAGCGUUGUGCCGCCCUUCAGCUAUCGAGCUUGCAGCUGGCGUCUCGAGAACGCCCCAAAUCAUCCUCACAUACAAACGCCUUGCGGCCAUAUUCCGGACGGCCAGUGGUAGCGACACUGCAAACCUCCAACUCGGAGACGUGGAUGAGGAGGAAAGGCUGUACAAGGUUGCAAAGCGGCGGGAGGCUCCGCCCUUCACCAACACAAAGGAGUUUAUGGUGACCGAAGUAGAACGGCACAUGACUGAAGGGCGCAUCGACGUGGAGAAUUGCGUGACCGAAGCGAUCGAGGAUGCCCUCUGUGAAUUGGGCUCCAAGAAAGAAGAGCUUGUGGCUGCGGUGAUGGAGCAGCGAAAGGCUCGAAAACGCGCCGAGCUGGAUCGGUAUGUGGCUGCCGAGAUGGAACGGUAUACUCGAGAGUGCACCGGGGUGGAGGCCCGGAUUGCGGAAGGGUUCGAUGAGGUCUUGGAAGAGAUGCGGAGCGAGAUGGAAGGGCGGAUGCCCUAAGAGCGUACCGAUGUCCUCCAUGAAGCUCACAUUGAGACAAAGCGUCGAGUGGCUGUCGAGCUUGAGAGCUGCUCCUGGCCGAAGAUCGGUUAAAGGAGUAGCAGUCGUGGAACUACGGCGACUACAUAGGAAGGGGGACAGGUUGGAG